AUGUCUGAAGGCACUUACUGCAUUAGACUAACAGUUUCACACCCCAGAGGUGGCAAACAAUGGCUGAGGAUAAAAAAAACGUUUGUUGAUGAGAUAGAUAAAGCGUUGGCGAAGUCUGAAGGGCUUACCUUGAAGGAUAUGCUCUUCUCCUACCGGGGGACCCCGUAUCCCGUCACAGUGUGCAGUGUGGAAACGUUCCAAGCCCUGGAGAACCUGGAAGCCAGAAGAGAUGAUAUGGUGCUGGUGUCCUACCCCAAAUGCGGUGUGAACUGGCUUAUCCAGAUUUUAAGUGAUUUGAUAUUUACAGCUACCCAGAGUAAACCUGUAAGCACAGAACUACCGUUUAUUGAAUGUGGAGCUCCAGAUAAAUAUCAGAGGAUGAAGCAGAUUCCAUCUCCAAGGAUUUUGGCAACACAUCUGAAUUAUGAUUGCCUCCCCAAGUCUAUUUUCAAGAGCAAAGCCAAGAUACUAGUGCUGUUUCGAAACCCUAAAGAUACAGCUGUUUCAUUUUUCCAUUUCCACAACAAUGUGCCAAGCGUCCCCAGUUACAGCUCCUGGGAUGAGUUCUUCUCAGAGUUCAUGAAUGGGAAAGUCAGCUGGGGGUCCUAUUUUGAUCACGCAGUGACCUGGAACAAACACAUUGAUGAUGAGAAUACUAUGAUCAUAAUAUAUGAAGACCUGAAAGAGAACCUGACUGCCAGUGUAAAGCACAUAGCUGAAUUCUUUGGAUUCUCCCCAACAGCAGAGCAGAUCCAGUCCAUUGCAGACAGGGCCACUUUCCAGGCAGUGAAGCAUAAGGCGCAGGAGACUCAUGGCGCUGUUGGCUCAUUUCUUUUCUGCAAAGGUGUUGUUGGAGACUGGAAAAGUCUUUUCACUGAAGCACAGAACCAGGAAAUGGAUGCCAAAUUCAAAGUGUGCUUAGAAGGAACUAAGCUGGGGGCGAAGUUAAAAUAUGAUGUGUACUGCAAGGCCUGA